AUGGGAUUGUCUUUCUCCAAGUUGUUCAGCAACCUCUUUGGUAACAAAGAGAUGAGAAUAUUGAUGGUUGGUUUGGAUGCCGCCGGUAAGACCACCAUCUUGUAUAAAUUGAAGCUCGGCGAAAUCGUCACCACCAUCCCUACCAUUGGUUUCAAUGUCGAGACCGUCGAGUACAAGAACAUUUCCUUCACCGUGUGGGACGUGGGUGGACAGGACAAGAUCAGACCUUUGUGGAGAUACUACUUCCAGAACACCCAGGGCAUCAUCUUCGUGGUUGACUCCAAUGACAGAGACCGUAUCGCCGAGGCCAGAGAGGAGUUACAGCAGAUGCUCAAUGAGGACGAGUUGAGGGACGCCUUGCUCUUGGUGUUUGCCAACAAACAGGAUUUGCCAAACGCCAUGAACGCUGCCGAGAUCACCGAGAAGUUGGGUUUGCAUUCCAUCAGACAGAGACCUUGGUUCAUUCAAUCCACCUGUGCCACCACCGGUGACGGUUUGUACGAGGGUUUGGAGUGGUUGUCCACGAACUUGAAGAACUCCUCGUAA